AUGCUGCAUCCGCCUAACCUGUCCAUCUUUGACAACAUGCAGCUCGUCUUUCGUGCUGCGGCUUGUCUUGGGAUAAUAGGAGUAACUUCUUGGGUUUACCUUUUUAAAUCAAAGACUGGCCUUCCUCUCCCACCAUCUCCUCCGACCUGGAGACUUCGUGGGCACUUCCUGCCGCCUCGCAGUCAGUCCCUCCACGCCGAGUUCGUCAUAUCCAGGUUCAACAUUCUGUUACAGGCCGUGGUGGAUAUCAUGGAGACUCAGGGCAAAGCACUAGCUGAUCGUCCUCGCGCUGGAGAAAUUUUCGGCGGCGGAAUUAGCGUCGCCGUUGCAGCCUUUGGGGUCAGGUUUCGUCGCAUGCGUAGAGCACUCCAUACGCAUCUUCAGCCUAAAGCAGCUGAGACUUAUCAGCCCCUGCAGAUGUCACACGCGAAGAAGACUGUCCUCGACAUCCUUGAUGAUCCAUGCAACUUCCAAAACCAUGUGCAAACUUAUGCUGCGACGACAAUUAUGAAAGUUGCAUAUGGGAAGAAUGCGCCCACGUCUGCGACUGAUCCUGAAGUCAUUGAGAUUACCGAAGUCGUCAAGAUGGUUAAUAGAAUGCUCCACCCUGGUGCUUACUUGGUGAACUCGAUCCCCUGGCUCAAAUACCUUCCUUGGUAUGGUCAAGACGUAAAACGGGGUUUUGAGAGGGGCAAGAAACUCAACGUGGGUCAGUUGAACCGCGUGAAAGAACAAAUGCAGAACAAUGUGGACAUCGGUCCUUCGUUCGCAAAAUAUAUGCUUGAAAGUAGCGAUCGCUUUGGUUUGACAGAGUCUGAGAUGGCCGCUCUUCCUGGUGCCUUUUUUGGAGCUGGAUCCACUACGACUUCUUCAGCGAUAUGCACGGUGCUCAUGGCAGCCGCAUGUUUCCCGGAGGAGCAAGCUACAGUUCAAGCAGAGCUCGAUGCGGUCAUCGGAAGGCACCGAGCGCCGACCUUUGCCGACCAAAAAUCCCUUCCUCGCCUGCACGCCUUCAUUUCUGAGGCUUUGAGAUGGAGACCCCUGGUUUCAAAUGGAUUGGCUCACCGAACAACCAAAGACGUGAUUUGGGCAACGGGGACUACGGUAUUCGGCAAUCAUUGGUCCAUUUCUCGAGAUCCAGAAGUCUACCCUGAGCCUUACGGGUUCAAACCCCAGCGCUGGAUUGAUGAUCAAGGUCGCCUGAGAGACGAUCUAAAAUUCUUCGCCUUCGGGUUUGGACGGCGUGCAUGCCCUGGUCAACAUGUCGCGAACAGAUCGGUGUUCAUCAACUCACUCCUUAUUUUUUGGGCCUUCCGACUUGCUCUGGAUCCUACGAAGCCAUUGGAUGACAUGGGGUACAUGAACAGGGAGUUGUCAAAACGGCCGUGCGAAAUCGUGUUUGAGACGAGGAUUCCGGAAACGGAGAUCAGGCGCAUGAUGCAGAAUUAUCCGGAGGUUGCAUGA